AUGCAUUCCGCCCCUCACCCCCCGGCUGCGCAACUCGCAGGUUCAGAAGGCGAAGUCAAAAUUCUAGCAACUGGUCCACCACAGAAUUAUCCACUAUGGAUGACUCAGACUCAGCAGCCAUGGCCGGCUGGCACUACAUUCGUCCAAGGCGUACCAUCGGCACCUUUCUACUCCCCUUACCACCCACAAGUAGCACCAGUCAGUGGUUACCACGCAAACCCAUACUUCUAUGCCAACCCCAACUUUCUGCCUCAUCCAUUACACAACGGUGUGUUUGUGCCGCCCGGAAACGCAAUUCCAUAUACCCUCCGGCCAGUGGUAGAACCGGUGUAUCUAUACCCCGGGCUCAGCACACCGAUGUCACAACCUGUGCACUAUCCGCCAGUGAAUGAAGGUAGUUGGAAUCUGAAUGCAGCACCAUUCACACCAAAACCAAGCACUUCCCACACAAAUAUGCCAACACCAGUGACACAAGUCGAUCCACCUAUUACUACAGAUACUGUCGCCGAUGAGUCAUCUUUGAAUAUUAACACGAGGGCUUUAAACGUAGAGGGAGUAACACAACAAUCGCCUUCACCUGAGAAUAGAGAAAUUCCGAAAAGCCAGGCUGCGGAGCUUAAAGCCCAGCAUCUUGCCUCUCCUAAGACUGAUAGUACACCUGCCCGGGUAUUCAAAUUAUAUAAACCUGCUGAAAAGAUUCCUAGCGUACAAGUUCAACCACUAAGGACAACCGAGCUUGAUCCCCCUCGACCUGAGACAAAAACCAACCCAGGGCCAAAUGAACGAGCCGAAUCCGACCCUACUCAUCCCGAGGAAGUAACAGGACAGCCAUCGUGUUCUGAAACCGAAAUUAAACCAAGCGAAUUUACAAUCCAGACGUCCAACACCAAGGGUUCGAGUGUAACUCCAAAAGGAAAGAAAUCGAAAAAUGUCAGAUCAAGGGGAAAGGGCGGUCCAAUUAAAUUAUCGCCCGAUUCGGUUGAAGAAAUUGGUAACCCGAAAGACCAGCCAGAAGAAAUCAAGAACCAUUUGCCAAACCUUUUGGGAACAUCUCAAGUGCACGAAUUGACGUCGGAUCAAAUUUUCGCGCGGGAAAAUGACCCUGACCAAUUGGAAAAUAAGACUCAAAUUCUCAAGCAAAUCUUGAACAUUCAGCCUGCUGUUCAUGAUGAAAGUGUCCCUAAAGAAGAAAUGGCAGUCGCGGAGGCUGAAGACGGUUCGCAUAACACAAUGAGCAACGGAGAAGAAGAAGCUCGAACACUCGCGCAAUCAGAAAAUAAUUCUCGUCUCAAAGUUAUGAGUACCAUACCGAAUGAUGAGGGUUUGGCUACGAGUGCCAAAGAACGAUCUGUAUCAGAUACUGACCAAGAGAUACCUAGAGAAGUCGCUCCAUUUUUGCCUCCUCUAGGAUCCACUCGUGAGAUCAAGCCAGUAGGAAUUCUAGAGGGCCCCUCGCCUGAAUCGAGUAGCCCGGCAAAAGAUCAACAGGUACUUGACGAAUCUCCAAUGUCUUCUUCAGGUACACUAGGUUCUGAAACGGGGCAACCCCCGUCAAUCGAUGAAAAAGAGUUUCCAUCAUUACUAGCUCCUCCAAAAGAAGUACUCGAUGUCGGUCAGAAAUCGAGGACAAUUCCUAGAGCUCAACCUCAGACAAUCAAAAUCCCGAAAAAGACCUCACAAAAGUCAAAGAAGGCUGCAUCUAGAGCCGCUUCUGCCGCUCAAACCAACGAAAAGACCAAAUAUUCCGCUCAAGCCCCAACUGACAUUCUCUUGCAAAAUAUCCUCAAUGAUAAGCCUGAGGGAUUCAUAGACAAGACGCGAAUGCUUGUACAUCACUUACUCCCUGAUAGGCCGUCCUCAUCAACUAAAAAGGCACUAGAACCGCCGAAAGAGAGAAAAAAUAGAGUUCCUGUCAAGGCGCCUCCAAACAAGGCAGAAGAUGAAAAGGCUGAGACUACCAGCUUGGAUCCUUUGAAUCUUGAGGGCCCGGAAAAUCGCAAACCACCUUCCUCUCCGAUUGUCGCUGAAGAAAUCAGAGGCAGGGUGGCCAAUGUAAAAUUGGAUACAGAUUUGAAAAGUACCCUGACUCUUGCUCGAAAAGAAAGCGCAGCUCCAAAGUUGGAAACAGCUGCCAGUCCCAAGGCAAUUCAAGAAUCGAAAACCCAAGUUGACUCCAAAAUACCGAAAUCCGAUGCUAGAAUUAUUACAGAAGGCACUUCCCAGGGAGCCCUGACAGCUGAAAGCAAUCCCACCCAAAGAAACAUUGAAUCCUCCAAAAAAUCUUCAGCCGCUCCUGUUCAACUUCCAGCCAAGAUUCUCCCAAUCGAAAAAAAAUCCCGAAGGGAACAACUACCUCCAUCGAAAGGACAAAUUGCAAAUGAAGGGUUCAACACUCCGAUAAGGAAUGCCCUUGAAGCAGUGGUCGAAAAAUCUCGACCCGAUUCGCCUGGAUCACCGUCUUUAGUGAAGCAGUCUCUUGCAAUGACAGACUCGGCUCUUCGGGAUGAUCUGUCAAGGAUAGAAAGUUCGAUGGCAAUCUCUCCGGUACUUCAAAUCAAAUCAAAUGAUCUCAAAAACAAGGCAAUCAUCCAGGAGGAAGCGAUCAAGCCGAUGAUAGCCUCUAAAAGUAAAGCUAAACUGACAUCGGAAACAGAGACAUCUCACCCGGACAAACAAGUUUCUGAUGUGUCUCAAAAGAAUGGAUUAGGCCUCCCUCCGGUUCUUGGUGGCACUCUCCCUGAUCGAAGCAUCCAAGCAAAAGCUGAAACAUCUUUAAAGCCACAGUCAGAUCAUCUUACUAGGAAUCAAGCAGCUCGAACUUCCUAUGAAAAAUACAAGGAAAUUCGUGAACUUAAAGAACCGCAUUCAGAUCUCCACUGGAAAUUUCGCGACAUUCGACUUGCUCCCUCAGAGAUCAAAAUUUCAUCGGGAAAGCGGCUUUCAAGAAGAGAACAACAUAAUAUUUCCUUUGCUAAUGCGUGCAAGUGGUUUGGCAUGGAUAAAGCAAUAAAAAUGGAAGAAGAAAAAGUGGAUUUGCACAUCGCAAAUACGUUGGCGAUUUUCAUCAAUCCAAAAAAUACCGCAUUGUACUCUGGCAUAGAUCCGAAGCUUGAUCCUGAUAUGUUUAAGGUAUUGCUUAAAGACUGGAAUGAAAACAGGCCGAAAUACGACAAGGCCAAAAUAUGGGUUGCAGAACCACUUGGACCUGCUGAAGGCCCAAGACGGUCUUUGAUAUUAGAGAAGACGUUUUUUAAGCACAAUGCUGCAAAAGAGUGGGCCAAGGAAAGGAUGAAGCAUCAAAUGCGCGACUUUCAGUUAACAUUGCUAGAAUACGGCUUGGGGGUUUCUUCAGAUCCAUCUUACUUUUACAACAUCCCAAGGUACUCAUAUUGCAAGCUCAAUCCAGAUGUAAAAGAAAGUCUCAACCGAGCAAUGGGGAAUGUGAGCGGUCAAAGAAGGUACGACUUUGCGGAGAAUUUGCUAAAUCGUUCCAUUUAUUCCCGAUGGUGGGCAAGAUAUAAUCUCGAAGAAGCAAGUGACAUGUUUGGUUUAGAUGCUUUCACCAUCAUCCAGAUAGGAGAUGCACUCAAUUUCGACGGCAAACAUUUGAAUUUUAUGUGGCCAAAUUCAGCCGCAGAAGCCGAUUUGUCCUUUGCAAAAUUAAUCCGAAUUUUUUCAAAUAAAGACGAGGCACUGGCAAGGCAAAUAGUGUCAAUUAAACCGGAAGAACGAAAACCCACAGAAUUACCGGUACGAAAAUGGAUUGAUUCAUCAGAACGAGAAUGGCUGAUUCAUAUGCCUGGCAAUUUAUUCCAAAAAAGACUUCAACGCCUAAGCUAUUAUGUAUGGGAUUUCGAAAAAAAGGCCAUGGGGAGCUUCCCCAAGUCUACAGCUGAAAUAAACUUUUCCCUCAAUGGCGAUUUGUUGGGUAGAGACGGUUAUCGACUGGGAUAUGAAUUGCUCUGGUGUAACAACGGAAUGGACUUAAACUCAUUCUUCUGGCGGUUUGACGGUUGGAAGCCCCCACGCCCUCAAUUACGCCAGGAGGUUCAGAGAAUGUCACCAGCUGAGAAACUUGCUGUGGCCGCUUGGAUCACGAAGAAGCCAGAAGCGGGUUCUAGAAUUUCCUUACACAACUUGCUAAAGAAAAUUAGAAACUUGUCUCCCUUUUGA